AAAAGAAAAAAAUCCUUUAGGCCAUCCCGACAUUUAUCCCGAAAUGGCGCACCUUUCGGCUCUUCUGAUGAUUACAUUGGCCUGCAUAAUCGUCAACGUCCAGGGUCAACAACCUGUCAAUAAAAAACUAUUAAUUGGUCAAGCUUUUGAUGAAAUAGUAGUCUCAUCAGAUCUGAAUGUAAGAAGAAAAUCAAAAGAAAAUCGACAGGGAAAAGGAAUCCUAACGAAUGUUCCAUCAGGAACUACUGGACCUCCAGGAAGAUACACAUCUGGAACAGCAUUGAGACUUAUAUCCAGUGAUGGUAGCCAAAUUUCUCCUGAAACCAGACAAAGACGACAAAUUUCAAGAAAGGAAUCAAUUGAUUUGGGAAUUGCUGGAUACUUACUAAAAUCUAGAAGGCGCUAGUAGAAACAGACAUAAAAAUCAGCCUACUUGCGAGGACAACCGCACGACACUUACCACUUCAUCUGUGAUCACACGUUUCGGCCUACUUUCGGACUUUGGCUGUAACAAAAAGCACAAUAAAAUUAGCAGUCACAUAAAA